UGCAAAUGUAUUUCGGUGGUCGAUUGCACCUUUUCAUGUCGUCAUCAAAAAGUGACGGUAUUCCCCGGAAAUAAGGAGAGUUUCAUUAUUAUUUUUUUGCAGAACUGCGUUGAUUGCUGGAAAGAAACAUGUCUGGCAGUUUCUAUUACGUCAUGGUUGGUCAUCAUGACAACCCAGUCUUUGAAAUGGAGUUCUUGCCUGCUGGUAAAGCUGAGUCAAAGGAUGACCACCGGCAUCUGAACCAGUUCAUUGCACAUGCAGCUCUCGACUUGGUGGAUGAAAACAUGUGGCUGUCUAACAACAUGUACCUGAAGACUGUGGAUAAGUUCAAUGAGUGGUUUGUCUCUGCCUUUGUCACCGCAGGACAUAUGAGAUUCAUCAUGCUUCAUGAUGUACGACAAGAAGAUGGAAUCAAAAACUUCUUUAAUGAUGUGUAUGAUUUAUACAUUAAGUUUGCAAUGAAUCCUUUUUAUGAAACCAAUGCUCCAAUCCGGUCGACGGCAUUUGACAGAAAAGUGCAGUUCCUUGGAAAGAAGCACCUCUUGAGCUAAAGAACCAACCUGAGUUCUGCACCUUUUUUUACUUUGUUCAUUGUGUUUAUCAUACACAUCAUUGGUCUACGAUCACCUGGUGGUUGUGUUUUGAUAAAUUCACUGUUAUUACUUGCUUUAUUCUUACCAACCACAGUAUAAAAGACAGCAUUGGGAAGUAUUUUAUAAUGAAUUAAUGGCAUGUGUGAGUGUCACCGGCAUUUUGUUGCCUAGUUUGAUAAUAGUGACAUGGUCUAGUUUGAUAAUAGUGACAUGGUCUCUUGAGGUCUAGUUUGAUAAUAGUGACAUGGUCUCUGAGGUCUAGUUUGAUAAUAGUGACAUGGUCUCUGAGGUCUAGUUUGAUAAUAGUGACAUGGUCUCUGAGGUCUAGUUUGAUAAUAGUGACAUGGUCUCUGAGGUCUAGUUUGAUAAUAGUGACAUGGUCUCUGAGGUCUAGUUUGAUAACAGAGUCAUGGUCUGUAUGAGCUAGACCUUGAAUGAGCUUGGUUAAAACAUGUAUAUUUAAUUUCUGAUGUUUGUGAAAUGUUCUAUGUCUUACUGUCCAGAUUUUCUAAUCAAAACACUUUCCAAAUAAUUCACUAGCGUGCGUGUGUGGCUUUGCCAUACAAAGUAAUGGCAGAACAUUUCACUAAUCAUUGAGCAUGUACAAAGACCAGCCGAUGCAAACAAACACUCACAUUCUGCGUGUAAUCGAUCCUGUAUAUAUGCAGUAAUAUUCACCACACCAGAAAACAUUUCCCAAAUGACUUACUGCUGAAGUCUAACUCUUAACUGAUAUCUUUUUCACAUUUUAACAAAGUGUUUUUUCCUCCCCUGUAACAGUGGAGGCUAAAAACAAACAUCUUUAGGAAAGAUCAUUCAUUCAAGGACUGUUUUUAUUCAAAUAGCAUUUUUCAUUCAACUUGCGUUCCGGUCAUUCUAGACAACACUGCUGUAGCAAAAUUAUAUAAAAACUGAGCAAAGAAAACUGUUCAACACUCUAUUUUGUGAGGAUGUACAAUACUGUAAAAUCAAUAAGCAAUGAUUGUUGAAAUCAAAUGUUACUAUUAAAACUAUACUCGUGUGUAAGAAAAUGAAAUUGAUCUCCAUAAAUGUAAAGAAAAUACAUGUUAGAUGAAUUAAGAUGCCCAUAGAAACAAAAACAAUGGACAGGUACAUACAUUAAACAUGGUUUAUCAUAUCCACCACCAUGACCAAGUUCAUAAUGUAUCACCCAUCUGUUAAUUACAAUUAGCCAAGUUAUCAGAACACUGAGAUUCUGGAAUGGUAAGAACAAGGUUAUGUACUACCUUAUUGGUAGAGAGCAGAAUGUCAUGCAGCAUAAGAACUCUGCUUUAUUCUUUUCAUUGCUACAAUUUCAGCUCGUCCUGUGCAAGUGUUGAACAUUGUGUCCAUUGCAUAAUGAUAACGCAUUCAUUACGGUACGUUGUGCAGAUAUCGCAAGGCCAGCAAAUUCAGCUACAAGCACCAAUAAUAUUAUAGAGUAAGAAAUCAUAAACCUUCAUUUCUGCUUACAUUUCCCACUCUCUGUACUAUAAAGUAGUGAUGCUAGAUUAGUGCUUUAACUUUUUCAAAUUAAGACUGCGUAAAUUACUCUGCUUUGUAUCAACAUUUGUUGUAAUAAAUAUUAAUAUAUUA